AUGCUCACCACAGAAAUGCAAAGUAUCAAAGACGCUUUAGACGGCGUAAACAGCAAACUUCAAAAGCUGGAUAUGCUAAACCAACUCUCGGAGGAUGUAAAAGACAUGAAGCAAUCCCUGGAGUUCUAUAUAGCUAUGGUCGACGUCCUCAAACAAGAGAACGCGUCGCUGAGAUUAGAGGUUAACAAUCUCAAACAUCUGACCACUGAACUUCAAGGAAACACUACCAAAAUGUCAGAAAGCAUUUUGGAUUUACAGAGUCGGAGUAUGCGAGAUAAUAUAAUAAUUCAUGGUGUGCACGAGAUAGUGAAAGAAGCUUACCAAGUCACAGAGCAGCUGGUGAAAAAGUUCAUGACGGAGCAGCUGAAAAUGGAGCAAACAGUGGUGCAGAAUAUUCAGUUUGCCAGAGCGCACCGGAUUGGAAAACCAAAAGGAGCGAAGGACAAACCUAGACCCAUCGUGGCAAAACUUGCGGUGUCGAAAGAUAAAUCCACUAUUAUGGCAAGAGGUCGGGAGCUGAAGGGAUCCACUUUCUCCAUCACGGACCAGUUCCCCCCGGAGAUAAUGAAGAGACGAAGACUACUUUAUCCAGUCAUGUCAGAAGCAAGGAAAAAUGACAAAAAGACGCGUCUUAUUGUGGACAAGCUCUACAUUGAUGGAGCUCUAUAUCGGAAAUCUCAGAUUACAUACUGGUUGACUGGAGGGGAUGACGCCGGCAACUAG